UGUAUAUAUCGCGUGACUCCGUUACAUCAUCUAAAGUCCGUUCCUUCCUUUAAAAUGGCGGCCGCUGAGGCCUUCCUAGUAGUUUGGAUAUCUAUCAUUUGGGUCACUGGCAUGGACUGUAAACACGAUCAUCCCGUUCCAACUUAUUUCGGCAAACUGCAUCCUAAUGGAACCAUUGUCGAUGCUCGAAACCCGGCAAAUAAACUUAGGUUCUCCUUUCCACUGAAACCGAUUACAACUCAAGAUUCUGGUGCUGUUUUGAAAGUGUCACCUUCAUUAGAGAUCAAAAACGGCGCGGAGGUGAACGUCAUGUGGUAUGGAGUUACUCUUCCAAAUAAAAAAGAUGUUGUUGGUCUUUACUGCCCACCGGAUGCCGAACCCGAUCUUUAUUUAGACUAUGUCAAUGUCAGCAGCAUAGCCACUUACUCGAAAGGUUAUGGCGAGUUUGGGGUUCGACUUUGGAAUUUAAGGAAGGACUGUGUAUUCAGAUACUACAGGAUUGGUAACUACUCGAUGCUUGUGGUACAAAGCAACGUUGUUACUUUCGAAGGAGGAGCAGAGAUACCACUGCAGGGCCAUCUAUCACUCACAGGCAACCCUACAGAAAUGAGAGUUAUGUGGGUGUCCGGCUUAAGUAAGUUGUGCAAUUUUUGCAAAGUUUGAGAAUAAAAGGAAGCAGAGGACGCAUGCUAUGGCUCGAGUUGCACUGCCAACCAUGUUUCUCAUGCCUUGUAUACAUUAGAUUUACUUCUUUUUUCCCAUUUUACAAAGCUACCCAAUGUCACUUUGUUUUUUCCUUAUCCACCCCCUUUUUUCGAUUCCUCCUGAAAUCAUUAUUUCAUUUUACUUUUUAGUAAGACUCUUUGUAUCUUUUUACUGGCAAACGGGAAAGGAUCAUCCUAUUUAUUUAAAUGUAUUUGUUAUGUGACCAAGCUUGUUUGGUCAAGAUGGCUGAAUAUUGGCAAGGUUCCUUAAAAACACAUUAGAGGAAGAAGGCUAAUCUCCCGCUAUCUUGACCAAACAAAGAGGAUGCACUUCUUAUUGCCCAUGCGUACUAUCAGGUUUAUAAUUAAAAUGGAUAAACCUUUUUGACAAUUCCUAGUAAGAAUCUAUCAUGCUGCACAAAAAUGUGUAAAUAGUUCUUACUGACACAGUUUAUAUAAAAAAUGAUAAAAGCCACUUAUUAUCUGAAUUUAGAUUUUCAAACAAACAAAAUCAACAAUUGCCUAGCUUUCUUUUGGUAAAUAGAUUUUGUUCUUUCUCCUCUGAUGAUAAAUUCAUUACUUUAAUUUAUAGUGGAAACUUCUGUUGUAAAAUAUGGAACUGACCCGUCUGCUAUGUCUGAAGUGAUCAUGGGGAAUAUCAGUAAAACCUACACUGCUGCUGACAUGUGCAAUGCACCUGCCAAUGAUGUCAAUAACUUUCUUGAUCCUGGCUAUAUUCAUGAUGUUCUGCUGACUAACCUCACACCAGGAACAAAAUAUUACUACUCCUAUGGUUCAGUGAAGGUAUCUUUUUCAGGAUUGAAUCAUGUCAUAUAUUAGUCUUUCCAGGAUUUUGAUUAAAAAAAAUCAAGAAGUAGGCAGAUAGUAUAAAAUACCAUAACAGGAGGAUAUUUUCUACUUUUUUUUAAUAAAAGGGGUCAUCAAAUGGUAGUUGGAGAAUUUGGUAUACAGGUUAGAGAAUUAUCUGAUGUGUGAUGCCCACAGAACUUCCUGCUUUUUAGGUGAACUCAUGGUUUUCUGAAAAGAAAAUCAGUCAAAACUAAGCAUUGAAAUGACCCCUAAUAACUGUGCAAGUCUAGUGAAUCUUUCACCUGAGAAGAAGUGUAUUUUGCCUGUGAGGUAUCACAAAAGUUUGAUAUCUUGCAACACUGUAAUAUAUCACUCAUCAUAUCUCAUUUCCAUCAGCAAUUAGUUUUCUUUCCACUGAGAAUAAAAUUUCCAAAUUCUUUUCUUGUUGAACAUCAUGAAAUUGUUGCCUUUGAGCUCUUUUGGGUGGAGUUAUGGGAAAUCACCUUGGAUAUGAUGCUGAAGGUUAAUGGAUUUAGAAAUAAUACUUGUCCAAGUGACAGGUAAAGAAAGGCAUGCCUCAACUUGGGACUGGCCAGCUAUAAUACUUUCAACUUUCAUUAUUAAGUCUUUGUGAUCUUAAAAUAUUUUAAUGUUUAAUUUUUAGAUGAUGAGUCCUAUUCAGCAUUUCAAUACAGCUCCUCCUGUUGGUUCUGCAAAUAGGUUUACUGCCCUGGUUUAUGGAGACAUGGGAGUAUCCCCAAUACCUCGGGCAUACAAGACAGCAGAUUAUGCAACAGAAGAGGCUAACAAUGGAACUGCAGCCUUUGUAUUUCACAAUGGUGAUAUUUCUUAUGCUCGAGGAUUUGUAAGUAGUGUAACAAAUUCUGUUGAUUUUCCUUUAAGUUUUGUUGCAAAUUUUUUGUUAAAACUUGGCCAACUUUUAGUUGUAUAUGUUGUGGUUCAAUUUCAUCCUUGGUUCAAAUUUUAAUUUCUUUUGUUUCAAACUCAUUAUCAUACAUUACAAUACCCAAAAACAAAAGAAAAUAAAAUUUGAACUAAGGAUAAAAUUGAACUACAACAUAUAUAAACACAAUAAUCAUGAGCUUACCACACCUCUCUUGUUUUAAAAACCAGUGUAGUAACCGCUGAGGAUACCUUCCCAUAAUACUCUUUACCUGAAUGUAGUUAUUUUAUGAAUUUCCUUAAUUAACCCUUAAACCCCUGAGAGUGACUAGCAACAAAAAGAAACCAAAAGUUAUGUAUUCAGUGGCUUUGGUGUUGGCAUUUCUUUCGGCUGAUAAUGAAAAUUGAUUACUGGAAGAUUUGCCACUGGCCGAUUUUGGUCUUUUACCUAAAAGACUUCUUCUGUUGGUGAGGACAAAUUCAAUAAAUGAGAAUUUGUUAAAUUAAAAAUAACAACCAUUGUUGUUUUUGUAAUCGUGAUUCAACGCCUUUUUCCACUUUGACAGUUAGCGCCAACGCACUUUACGAUUGUUAUUUGGGGAUUGUUGAUUCAUUUAUUUUCAUUCAUUAAUGAAGUAGGCUUUUCUUGACAGUAGAGGGCUAUUGUGUUUAUAUGAUGAACAAAAUAAUACAUGGUUGCUUAUAGAUAUGGAAUUUCUCUUCUCAUGUUCAACUCGACAUCUCACUUGUUUGCUGCGCUCACUUGUGAGCUAUUGAGUUGAACACUCAAAGAGAAAUUCCAUAUCUACGCAUGCCCAUGUAUGAUUCGCUAUUGUAUAAUUGCAGGCCUACAUUUGGGAACAGUGGCAUGCAAUUAUUGAGCCCUAUGCCACUAUACUGCCAUAUAUGGUGGGUAUUGGGAACCAUGAGCAGGAUCACUUGAAGGGAGGAUCCAAGGACCCCAGUGGGGCCCCUGGAGAAGGUUUUCAUCCCUGGUGGUCUGGGGGAUGGGGAUAUGAUUCAGGUGGUGAAUGUGGGGUUCCAAUGUACUACCGUUUCCACAUGCCUGAUAACGGAAAUGCAGUGUGGUGGUAAGUCCAGAUGUAGCAAACUUGUUUCCUCUCCCACAAACUCAAAGUUCUCAUUGUUUCCCUUCAGAUGAGUUUCUCUGUAACUCCUUACUGAACAUAGAAAGGAGUGUUAUCAUGUAUGUUGAUCAAUCCAGAUUAUCAAGUUAGGGUCAGGAAAGGAUUGUGAAUUAUUGAAACUAGCUCUUGUCAUGCAGUGAUCUUUUUCAAUUAUGUAAAACAGAAAAAAAAAUAAACUGAUGACUCGCUUUAUUUUAUUUUCAGUGGUAUGAGAUCCUUCUUUUUUGAAAACCAUGUUUGUUUAAAAGUUAUCUCAAUAAAGAUUAUUAUUAUGGUAUUUACCAACUAUCUGCAUGCGAGCAAGGAAUGCCUGUAAUGGAUAAUCACAGAAGAUAUGUAUUCUUAAGUUUUUUUGCCAUUUUCAUGUUUUCUUGUUAACCUUAUCAGAAAUUAUUUUAACAUCAAGGAAGGAUAUCCUAUUGGAGGAUUGAAUAGAUUUUGUUUCUUUGGAAAUGUGUAAUUUUGUUUGUUUGUUUUGACAGGUACAGCUUUGAUUAUGGCAGUAUCCACUUCAUGAUGAUGAGCACAGAACACAACUUUACACAAGGAUCUCGUCAGUAUGAAUGGAUGGAACAAGACUUAAAGAAUGUCAACCGCUCUCUUACCCCUUGGGUAGUGAUCGCAGGACACAGAGCAAUGUACACAAGUCAGAAGUUGGAGGGUAAGUAGGACAAAUCAAAAUAAGUAUCAAGUCCAAUAACUAAGCAAGAGGUGCAUUCUAUCCAUUGCCUGAACAAUUUAAGUUAUUGGACAAGCAUUCCAUUCCUCUGAUAGGGAUAUUAGUCCAUUGUAGUGAGGAUGCCAGUUUGUUUUUGUUACCAUCGUCAUGUGGUUAACAUUUUGGCUCAAGGUUGAGUAGGUUCAGAGUGAAGGAUGCUUAAGAAUAAUUAUUAUUUCAACCACAAUUUUCAAGAGGUUCUUAAUAGGCAUGUUAACAAAUGCCAGAUUUACCUGCAGAUAAGCCGCAUCCACGUAUAGGCUGCACUAUGUUCAUUAUCAUUAGAAAAUUAUACCCCCUGUUUCAUACUUUUUUUUCGUUUAACAUUUGCAGGGGAUUACAUCAUCUCCCUGGGCAUGCAGCAUGCAUUUGAAUCUCUGUUGUAUAAGUACAAAGUUGAUCUGGCCUUCUGGGCUCAUUAUCACAGCUAUGAGCGCACAUGUCCUGUCUACCAGCGUCAAUGCACCCCAGGAGCACCUGUGCACAUUGUUGUAGGGACAGCAGGGAAAGAGUUGGAUUUAGAGGAUUAUUUUCCUGUGAGCUGGUCACUGUAUCAAGAAAAUGACUAUGGAUAUGGCCGGCUGACUCAGGCAAAUCGCUCUGCACUUCUGUGGGAAUGGGUUGAGAAUACAAGUGGAAAGGUCAAAGAUCAAGUGUGGUUGACGAAGUGAUGAUCACUCUGAUUGUGUGUUACCCCUCGUUUAUAUAAAAUAGACAAUUUGUGAAUAGGGCAGACUUAAAACUGUGUUCUUAAGGCUAAUUUUUCAUUACAUUUCAUUAGAAAAAUUUGCACUUUAAAAGCACCGUAUAGAUUUUAACUUGGUUAAUGCUGCCUUUUGUCACAAACAAUUGACAAUUGACAAUUUCACUGAUCCAGUGGAUCAGUGAAAUUGUCAGCCCAGAAUGGCUUUUGGGCUAGUAUCUAUAUGAAGAAAUUGAAGACAUUAUAACCCUUUUACAUGCUUACGACUGGUAAAACCCUGGGAAAAGACCUGCAGUGAUGGACAUCCUCACCUACUUUAAUUUAUGGCAUUCAUUGAAGUCAGACAUAUGUUCUUUUUUAGUGUUCAUUUUUUUGGUCAAAAUAUGAAAAAAAUAAUGCUGUAGAAUUCAGGGGGGAAACAACCCAUACAAAAUAUUAUUUGCACCACCUCGUUCAUCCUCAGUCCUCCACAUCUCGCAAUCACAGACACAUUGCACACCCUUUUCAGGCAGUGACCUGUUCUGCUCUACAACUGGGACAUUAAAAAAAUAGAGCAGAUUUUACAUGUGUGUGUUACUGACACCAUCAUUGUUGAGAAAACUCAGAUACUGGACAAUUUUAGAGGAGGAUGAAGUUGAAACAUCAGAUAACACCAGUACCUGGAUAGCACUUGUUUCCAGGAGCCCAUUACUUAUGAUGGGCUCCUGUUGUUUCUUAAGCAUGGGGGUCUUUUUCAGUGGGAUAGUGUAUACCGCAUGGUAUCAAAGGUAUCAUCGAUGGACAAAAUGACAACUUUCAAGGUAAUCCUCGCUCAUUUCUUUCAUCAAGGCAUUAAUAUUAGUUUACUUGAAGUCAUUAAUUGCUCUUUUUCUCUUGUUGUCUCAGGAUGUGCAUCUCUUGAGGACAUUAUCCCCUAACCCUCACCCCCUUGGUAGUGAGAUAAAGUUAUCAUCUGUGAACAGCCUAGAAGGGAGGGAGAGAGGGGGUUUUAGUUUCUGUGAGGAAACAAUCAUCAUUGGUUUUUUUUUUCCUAUUUAAAUAGAUUUUUGUCUUAGAUUACAACAACCUCAGAUUUUAAUAUUAGAAUCUUUAUCAACUUUGCAUCUUUUUACAGAAAUUUAGUGCACUCUUUUCCACCCUUCUAGAGAACAUAUUACACCCUCCUUCCUCUAUUUUGGAACACAUCUUCCUUUUAUAUUUUAUCUUUUAAUUCUUUUGAAAUGUAAAUGAAAAUAAAUUUAUUAAGAUAUCUAGAGUCCAUAUUUUUUUAAAAAGAUGUUCACUAUGUCUACUUUUCUUCAUGUUUAUGAUAACUCAGACAGUGUUUUAUCAUUCUAUUUCCAAAAGAGUAAAUAACAGCGUCAUUGCAGUUUGAAGUGAUCCUUUGACUUUGUCAGAAGAGUCAAAAAGCAAUGACAAACAAACAAAAACAUCGUUAAAAAAAUAUCUUAAAACUCCAAUUUUUUCCCUCAAAACGACUCAAUGAAACCCUAUUAAAGUCCCAACACUCUAACUAGCUUUUUAAACGUGUGUCUUUCGUCUGUUUAGCCUCUUUGGCAGACGUUGUCAGGCUCGUUACGUCACGCAAUCAUUCCUCCCUACUAACGUUUGUGGGGGGGAACGAUUGCGUGACGUGACGUGCCUAACAACUUCUGUGGAGGAGGCUACUAACUAACCUGAGUGGUGUAGAUUUGGAGAUUAGAAAAUGGAAGUAUCGCUUUAAGGUUGGAUUAAUUGCAGUCAAAGCUAUGAAAACAGAUUUAAAAUUAUGCUUUUGUCCGAUAUCUAGACAAUGGCAAAGAAACUAUUAAAUCAAUUCGCCUCAUCAACAUCUAAAAGCCCGUAAAAAUCUCACUUGCUCCUUCGUUUUCCUAAAAUUUCGUACGAUUUUGGUGAUACCCUGAAAAUACUUUAAACAAAUGUUUGGCUUUUUAUGCCUUAAUCUAACAAAGGGGUACGUGUUAUCGGCUUUACCUUUCACUUGUGAUUGCCCACCCCACGGUGAGGCUCUUCACAAAGAAAAUGUAAUGUGACCCGUUACAUCACAUUUCAAAAUGGUGGCUAUGGUUUUGGUUUCUAAUUUAGCGGUUUGGUUAUCCAUCUUUUGGGCUACUGGCAUAGACUGUAAACACGACCAUCCUGUUCCAACUUAUUUCGGCAAACUGUAUCCAAAUGGAACCAUCGUCGACGCUCGAAACCCGGCAAAUAAGCUCAGGUUCUCUUUUCCACUGAAACCGAUUACAACUCAAGAUUCUGGUGCUGUUUUGAAAGUGUCACCUUCAUCAGAGAUAAAAAAUGGCGCGGAGGUGAACGUCAUGUGGCAUGGAGUUACUUUUCCAAAUAAAGAAGAUGUCGUUGUUCUAUAUUGUCCACCAGAUGCCGAACCUGAACGAUAUUUAGACUAUGUCAAUGUCAGUACUAUAGCGACUUACCCUAAAGGUUAUGGCGAGUUUGCAGUUCGGCUUUGGAACGUAAGGAAGGACUGUGUAUUCAGAUACUUCAGGAUUGGUAAUUACUCGAUGCUUGCGGUGGAAAGCAAUAUUGUGACUUUCGAAGGAGGAGCAGAGAUGCCAUUACAGGGCCAUCUAGCACUCACAGGCAACCCCACAGAAAUGAGAGUUAUGUGGGUGUCUGGCUUCAGUAAGUUCUGUAAUUUGUGCAUAGUUGGAGAAUAGAGGGAGCAGAGAAAGCAUGCUUUGGCUGGAGUUGCUCAGCGUACCAUGUUGUCUGUGCCUUGCAUUCUGCAUUACACUUGCCACUUUUUCCUAAGGCACAAAUUAAAGUAUUCAAUGUAACUUGGUUUUCCCAUCAAUCAUUAUUUUGUUUUUGUGGGCUAGACACUCGGUAUCUUUUGACCAGCAAGCUAUGCAGAACCCUUUUGAAAUUUUUAGAGGAGGGGUAAACUGCAAUAGGGUGAUCCUGGACUAUAAUAUAUAAAAUUUUUAGGCUAUGACACAUAGAGAAGUUCUGUUUUUGACAAUUUCAAGCAAGACUUUCAUGCUGCACCAAAAAUUGUUAUUAGUUCUUAAUGACACCGUUGAUAUAUAGAAUGAUAAUUUCCAGUUAUUUUUCUAAUUGCGAUUUUCAAUUAAACCAAAUCAACAGUUAAACUCUAGAAUUUCUCUUCCCCUCAUAUGGUAAUUUCAUUGCUUUAAUUUUUAGCAGAAUUGUCUGUUGUAAAUACAACAAUUCAAACAAACAAAAUCAACAGUUGCUGAGCUUUCCUUUUGGUAAAAAGAUUUUUUCUUUCUUCUCUGAUGAUAAAUUCACUGCUUUAAUUUGUAGUGGAAACUUCUUUUGUAAAAUAUGGGACUGACCCAUCAGCUAUGUCUGAAGUGAUCAUGGGGAAUAUCAGUAAAACCUACACUGCUGCUGACAUGUGCAAUGCACCUGCCAAUGAUGUCAAUAACUUUGUUGAUCCUGGCUAUAUUCAUGAUGUUCUGCUGACUAACCUCACACCAGGAACAAAAUAUUACUACUCUUAUGGUUCAAAGAAGGUAUUUUUUGCAGAACUGAAUUGUUUUGUAUACAUGUGGUCUUUCAAGGGUUUUUGUUUGAAAAUCAAGAAGCAGGUGAAUAAUGUAAGAUACUGUAACAUUAGAAUGUGUUCUACUUUUGAAUAAAAGGGGUCAUCAAAAGGCAGUUGAAGAAUUUGGUAUACAGGUCAGAGAAUUAUCUGAUGUCUAAUGCCAUCCAAACUUCCAGCUUUUUAGGUGAACUUAUGGUUUUCUGAAGAUCAGUUGAAGCUAAGCAUUGAAAUGACAUCCAAAUAACUGUGCAAGUCUUGUAAAUCUUUAACUUGUGUGAAUGUAUAUGUUAACUUGUGAACUAUCAGAACAGUUUUUCUCUUGCAAUAUUGAUAGUAGAUCACCUAACACAACUGAUUUCUACCGGUAAAUAUUUUUUAUUUCACCAACAAUAAAUUCCCAAAUUCACAGAAUUGGUAAUCUUAAACUGUUUUGGGUAGACUUUGGGUAGACACUAUGGAUAUAAUGCUUUUGGGAAAUAACCUUGAAUAUGAUGCUAUAUGCCUGGGUAAUGGAUUUAGAAAUAACUCUUGUCCAGGUGACUAGUAAAGAUAGGUAUGCCAAGCAUCUUAGAACUGGCCAAUUACAGUACUUUCAACUUUUAUCAGAAGUACCAAUAUUUAUGAUCUUAAAAUAUUUGAAUGUUUAAUAUUUAGAUGAUGAGUCCCAUUCAGCAUUUCUCUACAGCUCCUCCUGUUGGCUCUGCAAAUAGGUUUACUGCCCUGGUUUAUGGAGACAUGGGAGUAUCCCCAAUACCUCGUGCAUACAAGACAGCAGAUUAUGCAACUGAGGAGGCUAACAAUGGAACUGCAGCUUUUGUAAUUCACAAUGGUGAUAUAUCAUAUGCUCGAGGGCAUGUAAGUGAAACAAGUUUUAUUGCUUUUGCUUUAAGUUUAGUCUUAAGGUUUUGGUCAAGCCAUAACAAAUCUUUAGUUGUACAUCAAGACACUAAUCACAAGCCUUCAAAGCUGCUUUUAUUUUAAAAACCCGAGUAGUGCUAAUGUAGGAUACUUGCACAUAAUCCUCUUUCAGUUGAAUCAAGCUUUUUUUCAAGUAUUCCCUUAUGCUGCUAUUGUGCCUCCAAAAAGUCUCUUUCUUAUAAUCUUCGCACUUUGCACAACAGUUCCUAAAAGAAAUGAAUUUUACAGGUUUCUUCUACAUGUAGUUUCUGUAAGACCAUUCCCACAUGAAAUAAACAUUUUAUAUUCAUCACAGGCCUACAUCUGGGAACAGUGGCAUGCAAUUAUUGAGCCCUAUGCCACCAUACUGCCAUAUAUGGUGGGUAUUGGGAACCAUGAGCAGGAUCACGUGAAGGGAGGAUCCAAGGACCCCAGUGGAGCUCCUGGAGAAGGCUUUCAUCCUUGGUGGUCAGGGGGAUGGGGCCAUGAUUCAUUUGGUGAAUGUGGUGUUCCAAUGUAUUACCGUUUCCACAUGCCUGACAAUGGAAAUGCAGUGUGGUGGUAAGUCCAGAUAUGACAAACUUAUUCCCUCUCUCACCAACUCAAAGUUUUUGUUGUUUCCCUCCUGUAACUCUUCAUUGAACACAGAAAGGAGUUUUUAUGUCAAGUGUAGAUCAUGUAUGGUGAUUAAUCCAGACUUUCAUGUUGGGGUCAUGAAAAGGAUUUUGAAUUAUUGAAACUCUUGCUUUUAACAGAAAAAAAAUGACAACUCACAAGACGGUAUUGUUAUAGGUAAUAACAUGAUUUCAAGUGGAUUUUGGUUUUGGUGACUGAGCAUGAAUUAAUUUUUUCAAAAGCAGAAAAAUUGCAUGAGCCUGUAGGGCAAGUGCAAUUUGAAGUCUUCAAAAAAUUGACAAGUGCUUAUUCACACCAAAUUGCAUGAGAAAUUGUGUCAUAAUUUAAAGCAUCGCAGAAGUCAGGACAGACAAAAUUUUGACAGUGCAUGUUAUUUGUACUUUACACUUGUGUUAUGACUUUGCACUCAUUUUACUUAAAAAAUGUACACCUUUCAAGCCAAUAGAAGUGCAUAAUUUUUUUUGUCAUGUAUAGUUUUAACCAACUUUCUGCAUGUGUACAAAUAAUGCCUGUAAUGGAAAGUCACAGAAGUCUUUUUUUUUUUUUUGUUAUGCUUAUCUCAUCAGAAAUUAUUUUUACAUCAAAAAAAGAUAUUGUAUCAGAUGAUUGAUGUAGAUUACACCUCUUUGAAAAUGUUAAUUUUUUUCUUUCUUUUGACAGGUACAGCUUUGAUUAUGGCAGUAUCCACUUCACAAUGAUGAGCACAGAACACAACUUUACACAAGGAUCUCGUCAGUACAAAUGGAUUGAACAAGACUUAAAGAAUGUCAACCGCUCUCUCACCCCUUGGGUAGCGAUUGUAGGCCACAGAGCUAUGUACUCAAGUCAGAAGGAGGAAGGUAAGUGGGACAAAUAGAAUUAAGUAUCAAGCCCAAUUACAAAGUAAGAGAGACAUCCUAUCCAUUAUCUGAAUGAUUAAAGUUGUUAGACUAGCAUUCCAUUCUUGUGAUAGAGAUACAGUUUACUGGUAUAUAUUUAUACUCCUGAAUGGAGAGAGAGCCGUGGAGAUACUAAUUUGGCUUGGCAAAGAACUCAAAACAGUAACUUAACAAAUGCAAAAUCCACUUUGGGUGGAGAGAGAACUAUAGUAAUUGCAAAUUUUCCUGGUAAAGAACUCAACACAGUUACUCAGCUAGUGUAAAUUCCAGCUCUGGGUGAAGAGAAAGCCAUAUUGAUUAUGAAUCUUUUUGUUAAAGAACUCAACACAGUUACUUAACAAGUGCAAAAUCCACUGUGGGUGGAGAAAAAGCCAUAGUGAUAACAACUUUCCUCUUGAAAUAACUCAACACAGUAAGUUAACCAGUGCAAAAUCCUACUCUUGACGUAGGAAAAGCUGCGAUGAUAAUGAAUUUUCUUGGUGAAGAACUCAACACAGUUACUCAACCCUUUAACUCCCAAGAUCCCAUUAGUAAUUCUCCUUGCUGUCUACCAUACAGUUCCUAUGAAGUUAGUUUGGAGAAUUUGAAAUUGGAUCAACCAGUAAUCCCCUAAUUGAUAUUUUUCUUUAUUCUCAUUACUUGUCUGCUUGAUAUUGUACUGAUGGUGUAAGGAGAAAUUCUGUCUAGGUCACUAAUGGGACUAAAAGGCUAACAAGUGCAAAAUCCAUUCUGAGUGGAGAAAAAACUAUAGUGAUAAUAACUUUUCUCUGUAAAGAACUUAACACAGUUACUCAGCCAGUGAAAAAUCCAUUCUGAGUGGAGAGAGAGCCAUUGUGGUUAAUUUUGCACUUGGCAAUGAACUCAACACAGUUAGUUAGCCAGUGCAGAAUCUAACUCUGGGUAAAGAUAGAGCCGUGAAAGAACUCAACACACUUACUUUAACUAGCACCAGCAUCCACACCUCUUGUCCUGGAGUCCAGGACAUUAAUUGCGAGGCCACCACAACUCACACACAGAAGGAAACCUUACAAAUUUACUUGAGAUACUAACUUUCAAGAGUAGGUGCUGAGUGAGGGAUAAUUAAGAAUAAUUUUGUUUCAACAACGGUUUUCAUCGGCUAAUAAACAGAGGCUCGUAUCAGGCUUAUUAACAAAUCUGCGUGAUUUGUAAAUGACAUCAUCAAUAUGAUUAUUGUUUUUAUCAUCAUUAUAUCCAAUAUCAUUUUAAAAUUAUAACCAUUGUUUUCCACUUUGUCUUUGUUUUACCUUUGCAGUGGAUUACAUCGUCUCCCUGGGCAUGCAGCACGCAUUAGAUUCUCUGUUGUAUAAGUACAAAGUUGAUCUGGCCUUCUGGGCUCAUUAUCACAGCUAUGAGCGCACAUGUCCUGUCUACCAGCGUCAGUGUACCCCAGGAGCACCUGUGCACAUCGUCGUGGGGACAGCAGGGAAAGAGUUGGAUACAGAAGAUUAUUUUCCUGCGAGCUGGUCGCUGUAUCACGAAAGGGACUAUGGAUAUGGCCGGCUGACUCAAGCUAAUCGGUCUGCGCUGCUGUGGGAAUGGGUUCAGAAUACAAGCGGAAAGGUCAAAGAUCAAGUGUGGUUGACGAAGUGAUAAUCAUUUUUUAUGUGUGCCAACCCUCGUUUGGUAUAAAAUAGACAAUCCAGACUUAAAAAUGUGUUUUAAAACUUAAUUAUCAUACAUCUCAUGAGAAAAAUUUCCACUUUAGUAGCACUGUAUAGACUUAAAUAUGUUUACCGGUAAUGCUGUCUUUUGUGGAUUGAUUAAUGGAGAAAGGCGAGAUUUCUCCUGAAUUAGCAACUGAUAAUCUACUAUAAGACAGAGGGCCAAAUUUCGAGCAUAAGUGGAAUAAUCAUAACCCAGAGUAAACUGAUUUAUCUGAUGCAAUAUCCAGAACACACAGAGGUUGGUUAUCAGAGACAUUCGAAGUUACCGACUUUGUAAGCGUCUUUAGCACCCCUUACUCAAAAAUUUUCUGCGCGGGCCCUGAUAACACUCGCUAUGAAAUAAGUUUUCCAUUGCAUUAUACAAUUACAUAAAAUGUAAUAAAUUUUCAAACGAAGAGGGCCCGAACUUACACUUUGCUCUGUGUGAGAUUUUAAAAUGUUUUCAAAUCGCAUGAUCUGCGAUGGGUUAGACAACUGAGUUAUGACGAUACAUGUCAUUCGAGAUCUACUACAUUUUGCGUCGAAAAGUUAUUACACUUUGCGUCGAUCUUACUACAAUUUGCAACGAUCGUUACUACAUUUUGCGGUGUAACAGGCAUUUUUACGCGAGCCAAAGUAAAAUUGGCAGCCAAGUGGUAGAUACCGGGAAGAGGGGCAGGGGAGGUGAAAUUGUCAGCCCAGUUAGCUUUUGGGUUAGUAACUACAUCAAGCGCAAAUUGACGACAUUUUAACCCCAUCUACACAAUUAAAACCGAUGAAACCCUGCGAAAAGUACUGUACUAAUGGACAUUCUCACCUACCUUAUUUUGAAAGGUAACCAAAGUCAUCAAUAAGUUAUUUUUCAGUGUUCGUUUUUGGGUCAAAAGAUUAAAAAAGUAACGCCGCAAAACCUCAGGAAAAGAAUAUGAAAAUAACAUUACAACACAAUACCGGUAACACCCCCACCCACCCCCGCUUCGAACACGGUCUUCAACACUAUGAAAAUCACACAAUCACUUUCACAUCACGCCAUCACAGACACAUCACGCAUCCUUUUCAGGCAGUGACCCGUUCUUCCUAGUUACGCAACAGUGAUGAUAUAAGCUCCGGCGCUGCAACAACUAGAAAUAUUAACAUGGCAGCUUGGUGGGCUCAUCUGUUGGCAUAUUUUCUUCUUAGCUUAUUUUCAGCGACAGAGACAAAGAAAAACCACCCGGUUCCCACUUAUUUUAAACGCAUCAAUCCGGACGGCUCAUUGGUAGACGCCGGCAAUCUUAAAACUCGUGUAGAGUUUGCGAGUCCAACUCGGCGAGAUUUUUCCACCGGUGCUAUUCUGGAGGUCAAUCCCUCUUUGGUGGAAAACAGUGCCACUGUGAAUGUUUCUUGGAGUGGAAUACAGAUGCCUAACAGCACGGAUAUUAUCGCGUUUUAUUGCCCUGAAGAGGAUCAUCCUGAUCAUUAUUUGGACUUGUUUUACGUGACAGACUCGCCAAGUUAUGUUUUUGGAUAUGGCUGGAGGCAGGUCACUGUGCACAAUAUGAGAACCAGCUGCGAAUUCCGUUAUUAUCAGGAGAAACACAUUCAAGUAGCCACCAGUAAUGUGCUCGAAUUUAAGGGAGGAAAAAAUGCUCCUUUGCAAGGUCAUCUGGCCCUUACAGGCGAUCCAACACAGAUGAGAGUUAUGUGGGUUUCGGGAACAGGUAAAAUCAUUGUUGUGCCGUUUAUUUAGUGAAGUGCUUAGCUGUGAUAGACUUUCACUUUCGAUCCUACUUUUCGCCGAACGAUUACUUCUUCUUGAACAUGCAACGAUGACUGUUCAGGUAACGAUGACUGUGCAGGUGAUCGGCAUGAAAAAGGGGCUGGGCAUUGAAGAUUAUGAUCAUAAGAGGUGCUGAAAUUAAGAAUUUGUUCAUGCUUAGCGUGCGUAUAUCGAAUUAUGGAUGUACGUGGGAAGUUUGGAGAGCACGAAAAAUGUGAAAGAGUAGCUCGAGGCGCAGCCGAGAGCAACUCUAGCUUUUUGAGUGCUCUCCAAACUUCCCAAGUGCAUCCAUAACUUGAUAUAAGCACACCUAAAAGCAUGAGCAAAUUCUUUUAUAACAGAGCGACAACAAGGAUCUGGGCGAAAAAGCCUUUUAUUGUGAUAGAGUGCAAAAUUCUCAUAACGCACAAAAAAAGUAAACAAACGUCCCUAUUGGCUGGUCAAAAACACGCCACAUUUUAUACUUUGGUUUGAGCGAGGACACUUGAUCCAGGUAAUCGGUAAUUGUAAGUGAAAAGCUCAAAAUUUACGGUGGAAAUGGAGAAAAUCAAAGCCAAAUGAACUCAAGUGUCACCAAAAAAUGUUUUAAAAGUCAAAGACCCGAAGUUAUCGAAAGUUUUGAUUGUUCAAAAUAAUGUUUACGCUACUGUGCACGGUGCAAUUGGAGAAGACAGACUGCAGGAAACUUGCAGUUUUCUCCUGGGCAACCACCACACUGUUAUUUUGACGAACAGUUAUGGCUGCAGCAGAAACUCUGAAGCCGGGUAAAAGAAAUGCCCACGUCAUCUUAUUUACGCACGGGCGUGCGUAAAUAAAGAUUUUGUUCAUAGCGGCUAAAUAGGACUUAUAUAGGGCCAGCACGCGCGCUAUGUUAUAAGAUAUGUUAAUCAAUGGUCUCGUAAUGAUUAGUCGUGUCACGUGACCUCACCUAAUGUGCAGUAAGCAUUUACGUUCUUAUCUCCCAAAUGGACACAAUCGAUCACACGAGUGAUUCUCAUUCACAGUUAGAGGUGGAGGGGACCUCGACAUAACGAUUGUGUGCGCUUGAAUGUCGUGACUCUGCGCCCUUGAUUUCUUUGAUAACCUUACUUUGUACCUUAGGAUGGCUGACAGCUACUGAGACUAUCAAAUUUAGGGAAAAAUUCUCGGUUAUCCUGAUGGAGAAAAUUUUUCGCAUUAUUCUUCACUCUAUCUUGAUAAAUUUCUUUAGCAAUUGUUGAAGGAUGACGAGAAUGUGGCAGCGUCGUAAGCAAACCAGCGCUGUACAUUUUCCUAGAAAAAUUUUACUGUGGUCGUUCAUCUCUCAUUUAAAUCUCACCAUUUGCGUCUUCGUAAUACUGAGAUGGUUUUUUUUUUUCAGAUGAAACUCCGGUUGUAUCCUAUGGAAAAGAUCCCUCUCUGCUGAAGUUCAGGGCCACAGGCACCUCAAAGACAUACCAAAGGAGCGAUAUGUGUGGCCCACCAGCGUCGUUGUGGAUAUGUUUUAGAAAUCCUGGCUACAUUCAUGAUGUUCUCUUGACAGGAUUGACUCCCUCUCUACAGUAUUUCUAUUCGUACGGAUCAUCGGAGGUUUGUUGGUAACUUUAAAGAGAAACUCAGAAAAAAAAUGAACCCUAGAAACUCUCGUGGAAUUUUUUCCGAUGAGAAAGCCAAUCGGGGAACAGAGAAGUAAACCACAAACAGGAAUGGUAAAGAGUUUGUGGUUCUGAGGUUUUCCUUUAUGCCCUGAACUUUUUUGUAAUUCUACGGUACAUAACUGAUCUUUCAUAAUCAUACUCAACGAGUUCAUGCGUUUCUCAGUAAGAGGAUGUUAGAUUUUGCAGUACGGUGUUCCAACACUAACGUCUUACUGGUCUUACUUGUUUUUUUCCGAGCAUCACAGCUGGGGAUUUUCCAUUACACCAUCAACGCCCUUAUACGCCUCCCUCCUUCUUUGUCAGCUACUUCUCCCGUCUAAUACACCCCAUCCUAGAACUUUAAGUUUCUAAGUAGGCCCCUUGCCUUCCUCCUCCUCCACCCGCAUAAAGGACACUAUUGUAGUACUUGUACUGUCAUUCAUUUUGACUAGAUAACGUUUCAGGUUUUUACAUCGUAAAUUUUCAAUCGUAGAGAAGUAUAAUUCUUUUAUGGUAUGCGUGAAAUGUAGGCGGCAAUUCCUUCCCCUCUCUGGAAGCCCUCGAAAUACACGAGCUCCGACGCCGAGGGAUUUCUGAAGUGUUUGCACUUAUAAUUACUUAUCAUAACUUGGGGGAAGAUUUGUGUGAAAGAGUUUUCACCUUAUUUCCUACGAUUUCUCCACGGUUUUAUCUCCUUGUGCAGAUAAUGAGCCCUGUGCGCCACUUUCGUUCAGCUCCCGUCACAGAUCCAGAUGCGUCCUUUAAAUUUGUAGUUUAUGGAGACAUGGGGAUCACAGCCAUCCCUGGCGCGCACGAUACAGCUAAGUACAUGGUUGAGGAAGCCGAGAAUGGAAGCUCACUUGUUUUCCACAUUGGUGACAUUUCAUAUGCUGUUGGAAUUGUAAGUAAAUUUAAAAAAGCGUAAGCAUCCGAAUUUUGAAGCAGAAUUAGUCCGCCGUUAUGCAACUGAAAACAUGUCAACAAACAACUUGUCUAGUUGUCUGUUCAUCGAACAAUAGGGGGGCCCACAAUCAGCGCUAAAAUUAGUUGACACAUCAUGUUUGUACAGUCCUAUUUAUGCGUAGAAUAACACUCCUGUUUCUAACACACUCUAAAUCAUUGACAAGACCUCCCCCCCCCUCUCUCUCUCCUCCAUUCAAUGUUGCCUUUAUGUAGCUAAAAGUUCAUGGAAUCACAAUACAGCGUUGUUUUAGGAUAAAGGGGGCGGAUAGGUUAACUUAACAAGACCAAAGAGAUAAAAUUGAACGAAUGGGGGGUUGAAAAGGCCAAUGCGUCAACAAUUUUGUUGCCGAUUGCAGGUUCUUCGAUCAAACUGCAUCAAAACACGUAUGUAUAAACGCGACAUGUACACCGACAAUAUGUUUUUUACCCCUAAUUCCAUGCGGCCGCACUCACUUGUAGUAUUAUCGAUACUACGUUUGUGCGGACACGGAAGGAAGAUAUAGAAGGCCUAAGACAAAUAAACUGAGAGCAUCAAACAACGGGUGCCAUGAUGUCUCAUGCAACGUAGGUUUCUGUACAUACCUACGUCACGAUAUAUAGACCAUUUUUAGCAUCAUAGAAAAGAACAUUUGAAGAGAGAGUUAUCUUUACUAACGGUUUGCCGGGAUGGACAAUGACUGAGGAAGUGAGAAUAAACCAGAAAAAAAAAAGGGAAAAGUUGGCGUGGGAUGGUGGUGAUCAGCAUGGAUUGAACCCACAAAUAUUUUAGUUUCAUUUUUCAAGACGUAGUAGACCAUGACGUAGCUCCUAUAGAACCAUGUAACUUUCAAAUUUCCUGUCUUUGUGUAUCAGGCCUAUAUCUGGGAACUAUGGCACGAUCUCAUCGAGCCUUAUGCUACAUUGAUGCCAUACAUGGUGGGCGUGGGAAAUCACGAACAAGACCAUAUCUUUGGAGGUUCCAAGGACCCUAGUGGUGCCCCGGGUGAUGGCUGGCACCCUUGGUGGGGAAACUAUUUGGAUGACUCAGGGGGAGAGUGUGGAGUGCCUAUGUUCUACAGAUUUCAUAUGCCUGACAAUGGAAAUGGACUUUGGUGGUAUGUCGUCAGUCUUACAUUUUACCAAUUCUAUCAUAUUACCACGCAUUAUUGAUCUCUUCUCUUGUCAGUCGAAGUUGUUCCAAACCAUGUACAUAUCCUUCAGGUCGGGAGCAUUCGAAGAUGUUGUUAUUUUCUCAGAGUUUAAAAGUACGGGCGCACAUCGCCGCGCACCUUUACACUAAGGACGAGAUGAAUAACCAUGAUGAUGAUGACGAUGAUGAGGAUGAUGAGGAUGAUGAGGAUGAUCUUUUCUUCCCCUGCACACAUCAACUGGCAACUUGUUUAUUGCAGUAAAUCAUAUUUAGCUUAACCGCCGGCAGCUAUCUUCUUGAAACUUUCUUGAAAGGUUUUCCAUCAUUUACUGAUUCCCUUCGCGUUCAAUUAUAUUGACCAUCAGCCAUUGCAGUUGGAAGGGUCAAAUUCUUCCACAAGACUUGCACUCUCUGUAUGAUAGGGAGAUUUACGAUCCUGAUCAUUACGAUUCGUCCUUAUUUACAGGUACAGCCAUGAAUAUGGAAGCGUUCAUUUCAUUAUGAUGAGCACCGAACAUGAUAUCAGACCCGGGUCAAGGCAGUACACUUGGCUGGAAAAUGACUUGAAGAAAGUUGAUCGCAAUAAAACACCUUGGAUUGUGCUGGGAGGACAUCGACCAAUGUAUACAAGUCAGAAAGUGCUGAGUAAGCACUUAUGAUGUAGAUUAAAAAUUUUUGUUGCCAGAAUCCCGAGAUGCCAAUACUAAUUCAGCACAUACCACGCUUCUAAGACACCUCUCAGAUAUUUAGGAAACACGUUCAUUCACUGAACAUGAACUUUGGUCCGAAAUGGAAAAAGCAGUACUAUAAUCCUUUUCAAAAUCUGUCACUUUCAUAAGAUAGACGCCAAAUUUUGAUAACGACCUUGCCAUUCCUGAGGGUGUCCAAUGAAUAAGAAAGGAUGAUAUCAAUACAUUCUUGUAGAGGUCAGAGGUUUCUUUUAGGAAUCAAACGUAUGAUCCUCUGCUUUGUGCCACCUGUAGAAUGUUCUACCAUCAGACUCAUGGAAGCUCUAGCUCCGCCGAGUUUUCCUCCGCGGGAUUAGUGUUCGGCUUUCCAUUGACUUAUAACCAUCCUUUCUCCUAGGGGACUACAUUGUGUCAAGAGGCUUGCAGUAUUAUUUGGAAAACCUCUUCCACGAAUAUCAAGUGGACCUUGCCUUCUGGGGACACUAUCACAGCUACGAAAGAACAUGCGCAGUUUACAAGCAUCAAUGUCAGGAGGAUGGAAUUGGCACAACACACGUGGUGGUUGGGUCUGCUGGGUUUUGGUUGAAUUUACAAGGCUAUUGGGAUGUGAAAUGGUCACGUUUUCAUGAGAAUGACUUCGGAUAUGGAAGAGUCUUUGUGGCUAAUAGGUCAGCAUUGUAUUUUGAAUGGGUCCGAAAUAAAGACAAGGUUGUCCGCGAUAAAGUUUGGUUGAUGAAACCAGAUCGAAAAAGUAGAGAUAAUGUAGCAUUGAGAUAUCGAAAAUUAUAAAACUGUUAAUUGUUGGUGAGGUCAAGCAUACUUGUCACGAAUUAAGAAUUUUUUCAUAGAAUUUUACAGCUCGUUAUUUUCAUAAAUAAUAUUGUCAUAUACCUUUUCUUGAAAGCCUUGAAAGUGACAACGGUAUUGAUAACGAUGAGAAUAAUUAAUCUUUUUUAGAAAAUAAAAUUCACUGAAAAUGUUCACAAAAUAUUUAUAUCACAUUACUGAUUAACUCUGGGGAGAGUGGAAAUCAUAAAAGGAAAUUAUGCUGCGAUUCGCUGACCAGAAUUUUGUUGUGCAGCCAAAUAUAAUCAUGUGGAAACUUUACCAUUCGCUUGGUAAUCUCGUUAUGGCUUGAAUCUUUUUUUUCUUUACUGGUUCUUGAAAAGAGGAAUCAGCACUAACUUUGCAGCUGUAGAUUUUGCUUUCGAUCGAUUGGCAUUGAUAAAUUGCUAUUUUCGGGUCUAGUAUGAA